AUGGAUCCAGCUAACCGGAAGGCCGUCCCUGGAACAGCCGAGAGGUCAGAUGUUACCCUUGACCCAUACCCACAGAGCCACAGGACAAUUUCUAUCUCCCGAAGUUGGUCUUCGGCAGUAUCAGAAAGGCCUUCUACUGUAUCCCCGAGUUCGCGCGACACCGUUGACCAAGACGAGCAAAUUCGCGACCAUCUGAUUCCAAGUGAUCUUGUGGACGACGACUAUCAAGCGCAGUCCAGUACGAACCCAGAGCAGACCAUUAACUCGCAAGACAACGCAGUAAAGCCGUCUGCGGAUCAUGGCCAGACAGCCUCGACCGAGAUCUCACCCGAAAAGCCAAUCCUCUUGGUUCACGAACACCCCACUGACUUGCAAUGCUGGAACCCAAUUUGGUUACGGAAACCAGCAAUUUUAGCCUUUGCAUUCAUUACCUUGGCUUGUAUGAUAUCAGUGGUAACUCUUUACCUCAUGUCGGAGUCACGAAAUGGUCUCGGCCAUCACACCGGUACCAACCAUUAUACCUGGAGGUACGGUCCGACAGCAGUCAUCACGAUCGUAGUGAUUUUAUGGUCUCAGCUAGAUCGCUCUUGUAAACUGCUUGCUCCCUGGCACUCGAUGUCACGACAAGUUGCUCCGGCGAACCGCACGGUUUGCCUCGACUAUCUUUUCGCUUUCCAGCCUGUCGCUCUAUACCAAGCAUUAAGACUUGGAGACUGGGCAGUCCUCUGUACCGGAAUUGGUUCAAUACUCCUCAAGUUAUCUAUCGUUGUUUCUACUGGUCUACUGCUCACUAGACCCGCAACUGUUACGACUUCGUCUUUGAAUAUCCUCCUCACCAACGACUUCCAGAUCGACAAAAUCCAAGAUAUUCUAGCAAAUACGAAUGCUGGCGAGACAAUUACCGGAAUCCAUACGAACCAACAGCCGUAUCCGAACUGGACCACAGAAACGGCGACUAUACAAUCGUUCAUAAUACCGGACAAUGUUCGGCUGCCCUCAGAAUACAUGCUGAAGACAUCCCUCAAUGCGUUCAUGGUCGGUCUCACGUGCGAGGUUGCUACAAUGAGAAUAACCCCUCGGUCCGGAAAGUCACCAAAUCAAGACUCCAACUUCAAUGCCACUAUAGAGUCACGAUCGUGUACAAUCUCCGUCUCGAACAUGCCUCGGAUGGAUCCCACCCAGCUCUAUGAUUUCUUACCCGAUUUGCCGGCAGAAAACUUCGUGUCAAACAGUUCCCUGUUCCAGUGUGAGAAUCAAGGAGUAGACGAUGAACGACUUAUGAUGUUUCUCACUAUGUCGAACCGAAAUUUGGAAAUCACGAACUCAAGUGCGAUUAUCUGUCGACCUGGUUAUACUCUGGGUCUCUUCGAAGUUGAGUACAAAACUACUGCAACGGAUCUUGAGGACGAAGUGAGCUUGCUUACGCAAGUUGGAGCUUCAAAUUACCCAUUCAAUGCCGAACAACGGAUGAAGCUGAACAAUGCGAUCUACAACUCUACUUGCGCCUUCCUACCGCUGCACAAUUCUGAAACAAUCACGGAAGCCCAAGCCAGUGAUUCUAGGAUGUUCAAUCUGAUGACCUUACUCCAAGGCCGUGACAAUUCAGACUCAAUGCUUCGACCAUUUUUGAAUGCCGAUAUCAUGACGCAAAGAGCGACACAAGUCUUCAGUGCGAUUGGUGUGCAGACCAUAGCAGAAGGCUUGCUCGUGCCUCGGGACCGUCAAGUGUCUGGACAAGCAACCUCUCGACAGCAAAGACUUGUUGUCGACCGCGUCUCUGCCACCUUGAUGAGUGUCGCGUUUGGGCUGAUAUGCAGUCUUUGCGUGGUGCUGAUCUUUGUUCGGCCAUGGAAUGUUGUGCAGCGUCGGCCGGCUAGUGCUGCCGAGAUCCUCAGUAUAUGCAUGCCCAGCACGUCUCUCAGAGCAUCGCUGCAAGGCUGCGGUCAUCUAUCCGAUGCAGACACACAGCAGAGAUUAACGGGUUAUAAUUUCUCAUUUGAAAAGACUGGACAUGGCAUCUUGCACCCUUUCGUUGUGGAAGCCAGUAAGCAGCCUUCAGCCAUGGAAUCUGCUCGAGAGACACAAGAAACGUCUCGUUCUAUUUCGUGGUGGCAUCCCUGGGGCACUAAGCUCGCAACCAAAGUCGCAGUCAUCUUGCUACCAUUAGCUUGUAUCGCCGUACUACAAUUUCUCCAAGCCAAGUCAAACGAUCACCAUGGCUUCGUCAGGUUACCAAACUCAAAACAGCGCAAUUUUGAGAUUGCGAACUAUGCCACCCAAUACCUGCCAGCUGCCAUCAUGGUCUCUACCAAGCUAUUGUUUGGGGGUCUUGAAGAUGUGGUCAAUGUCUUCGCACCUUUCGUUCCGCUCAAAAACGCGCACAAGUCAGAGACAAAAACCCAAUCUAAGAAGACAACAUGGCUACCUUCGUGGCUACGGAAGAGCGACGAUAACUCUUACGACACACUGCAAGGCUGCUCCCCCGACACCUUAGGAUACCAAGUAUAUGCCCGAAUCUCGUUUCUUGCGUUGAUCUCUGCAGUCAAACGCAAAUAUUGGGCUGUUGUGUUUGUAAGCUUGACUGCACUUCUCAGUCCUUUCCUCACUAUCAUCGUGUCAGGUCUAUACAGAUUGGAACAAACGUCUAUGGUCUAUCCAAUUUCCACUAGCAAGACAACAACAUUCAACUUGACUUGGCCUCGAAGCUGGCAGGGGAACGAUGAUGAUGCAGGACUGAGACUUAUACAAAUCUGGGACCACAAUGCAUCUUAUCCGCUUUGGACCUAUGGAGAUGUUGCUUUACCCAAAGUCGGCAUCGAGCAUCAAAACUUACCCUUCACAAACACCUCUGCCGGCCUGAACGCUCGACUCAAUGCGAUCUUGCCAGGUGUCAAGUCCAGGCUGGAUUGUGUUCCCACUUCGAAUCGUACCGUGUUCUCUGCUCCCAAAUUUGAACAGUUCAGUAGAACUGGUCCCUCCACACUUGACAUCAGAGUACCGGUGAACGUGCUGAACACUUGUCUUGGACAUCGCAUGCCUAACAUGCUCACCAUGAACCUCACAUUUAGCGUCUACGACGAGGAAACAUAUGUGGCGCAAAUUACAAACGUGCACAUUUUCCAACCAGCCAACAGCGCAAUCAACGUCACUAUCACCCCCGAUCGUCUCGCCGGUGGUUCCAGAGAGUCUGAUAACGGCGAAGAGUGCCCAUCACUGGCUUUCUACAUUGCGAAAUGGUCGCCGUUACCAGAAAUCGGUGACUACCAGCUUGACUUCACCGCCUUGUCGUGCAGACAGGUCGUUGACGAAGUUCAAGUCAACACGACCUUGCUGUAUCCUGCCAUGGAACUCGACCCUCAAGCCCCACCCGUUGUUCUUGAAGGCGUCACUACGAAUGUAGUUGACACUACACAUAACGGCUCUGUCAAAACUUGGCAAGUUGGAUUUCAAUUCGACGCUUGGGAUUCCAGUCAAAGAUGCGUCACAGCAGGGCCAAUCUCAACCAAAACCUUUCAUGUGAGCCGAUUCUACCAAAUGGUCGUAAACGGCACCAAGGAUGUAGCACCGACUCCACUCGACGACAUGAUAGGUGAUGGCAACAUCGAGGCGUUCUCACAAGCCACUCAGCGUGUGUAUGGCAUGUACAUGGCACAAGUCUUUUCCGGCAUGAAGCAGGAUCUCCAAACUCCAGUGAUCAUCCAAGCCACCAUUGAAGCAAUGACCGAAUGGCGAGUCCUUCAGCACGAGCCGUCCAAAACCGUCUUGCAGAUUAUCUUGGCCAUCAUGGCGGCAUGCGCUAUCCUGACCUGGAUCUUCAUGGACACCAAAGAAGUGCUUCCGCACAACCCUUGCGCGAUUGCUGGAAUGGCCAGUUUGUUUGCCGACAGCUCUUUGUGGGCCGAGGGGGCGUCGAAGGAGAUGCCUAGGCAGGAUGUCAACGGCAGAGAGGUAUGUGGAGACUAUGGGGUCAGCUUGGGAUGGCAUGACAGGUUCGUAAUCGAUGGUGAGGAGGGAACCGAGAGUACUCCAGACAAGUACUUUGGGAUUGACAAGAGCCACGUGCCGAAUCAGUGA